UUUGGAUCACAUGAGCUAAAGAUGCAUAUUCAUCAGUUGGGCUGGAGCAUGCUGCUUUAUUGAACAAGAAAAUGAAUGACACUAUCUAUCAAGAGACUAGACAGUUGGUGGAGUACACCCAGAAAUUACAGACUGAGAAUGACAUUCUUAAGGAUAUGCUUUCAGGAUCGCUUUUAACAGUUGACAUCGGACAAACCAACAAACAAAUACUUUUUAGUGACUUAUUUAAAAGACAUUCUUUCCCUUCGUUACAUGACAAAGAAGAAGAGUCAUAUCCAACUGGGGACAAACAACAAAAAAAAAUUAGAGAAAAUGGAGACUUGAAGACUGAGGGAAUAAAGGAGGUUGUUGGAGCAAGCUCAGAAGUGAUGAAAGAUGAAGUCGAAACUGAAAAGAUGGCGACUGCCGGUAAAGAAGAGCCAAGAUUUUAUAAGAAAGACCUACUCGUUAUACUACAAGAGAAGAAUGAGUUGAAGGAAGAAAAUGAUAGUCUACUUGACGAAUUGUCAGAAUGGAAGAGGGCAGCAAUGGAGAGCCAACAAAGAGUUAAUACAUUAGAGACAGAGCUGUCCUUUGCUCUAGCAAAGCUCGGAAACUACGGCUAUGCAACAGAAGUAGAGGCCAGUGCUUUGGGGAUUUUACCAAGAGGAGUGGAGUUUAGGCCAUUAGCACAAAAAGAAAUUGAAAAUGCUUAUGUUAUUGAUGUAGAGAGUGUCAGCUUUACAGAACAAAAUGGAAAAUUUGUGUUUUCGAUAACGCUGACCUGGUCUGACAAAAGGCGGUUCGAAAUUUAUCGUGGCUAUAGCGAAUUCUUUACAUUUCAAAACACACUCUUGCUCCUUUUCCCUGAAGAGGCUGGCAAGAACAAGUCUGAGAGGAUAAUUCCAUCAUUACCAACUGCUGAUAAUGUUCUUGCCAUUCUUGGUGCUACCAGUAAGAAAACAAUUGUAGAGUCAAGAUUGCAAUUGAUCACUGAUUACUGCACCACUAUUCUCCUGGGGUUGCCAAAAAAGUUGGCUCGGUCUACUUUUGUGAGAGACUUUUUUAGCGCCAAACCAGGAGACUCACAGCUUGAAUCGCUUGAAAGACCUAAGAGGCAUUCACUAGAGCUAUCAGUUUAUCCCCUUGUCCCUGAAGGAAAGUCGUUAGGUAUUUAUGUAGCCACGGCUGAUUUCAUGCCUUCCAAAGACGCAAAGGACCAGAUACCAAUGAAGGCAGACAUGAGAUAUAGAGUAGUGAAAAAAGAUGACUCUGGGUGGUGGUUUGUGUACAAUGAUAAUGGAGAUGAAUGUGGAUAUGUGCCAGCUUCGUUUUUACGUCAAAUUGGAGACAGAGGAGUAACCAGCCCGGUAGAAACUAGAGAAAUACUGGGAUUCAUCGGCUCCUUGAGACCGCAUACGCUUAACUUGGAGUCUGAGACUCAGACUGAUACCAGGAAUAAGUCUGAUACUAAGACUCGGAAUGAGUCUGAGACUCAGAAUGAAUAUGAUGUCAUUGAGACUUGGAAUGAAUCUGAUGCGAUAAAGACUGAGGAUGAAUCUGCUAAUGCUGUGACUUCCAAUCCAACAAUCCUUGAUUCACAAACAUUUGAGAUUGAAGUCCCAGUCUCAGUGUUCAUGCAUGUUGCUACUGAAGACUACCAGAGCAGUGAAAGUAACCAGUUGAGUUUUCCAAGAGGAGCUGUACUCUCUGUUAUAGAGAAAUGUGAAGAUGGUUGGUGGUUUGCUACAUACAACAAUGAAGGUGGAUGGGUUCCCUCAACUUAUCUAUUGCCUUGUUCGGAGGAAGAGCCUAUUGAAGAUGAGCUGAUGUCUUCCUUGCUAAUUCCUAAUGCCCCUGGUCAGCUGUACACAACAGUUCAGAACUACAAUGCUGAAGCUGAAGAUGAGCUCUCGAUUCCAAUGGGAGUAAGAGUUCAAGUGACAGAGAAAUCCCUCACUGGCUGGUGGAAAGUAAAAUACAAGAGAAAAGAGGGAUACAUACCAGCUGUAAUAUUAAAAGCAUUUGAUGAACUAGCAGUGGUAGAAGAGUCACUAUCUCCAUCAUCAUUGCAUGCGUCUCUUAGUUAUUCUAUGUCUGGAAUAAAAAAUCCUCCUCCAAGAAGGAAAGAAAAAUCAAAGACAUUCUUGGAGACUUUAAAUGAGGAGGAAAAGCCGGCAGCGAAUGCCGAGAAAGACUCAACCUUGCAAGUUGCUGAUGGUGGACUCAAUAAAAGACGUCAAUCAUUCAAGGACUGGUGGUUGAGUAAUUUACGGGUUGGCUCUAGGAAAAAAUCUACUAGUCAAAAACAAGAAGAAGUGACGAAAACGACAGCUUCCAGUGGAGAAGGGGACAAUAUCAAUAGAGACACUGCUAGCACUGGACCUUUGAAAAGACCAGCUAAACUUGUUGCUGAGCCUCGUCCUAGAAGCUCUCAUGUUGUUUUUGAUAAUGAAAAUGAUAAUUGACAAAAAUAAAAAUAACUGACAAUGAAAAUGAAAAUAUAAUAACAAAAACUAAAAAAUAGACAAUGUUUUUUAAAUUCACCCAGUUAGGUAAUUCACCUGAA